GGCUAGUGGUGACCUCUGGGGGCCGGCGGCGCCUGCAUGUACUCGCUCCUCUCCGCCAAAAUGUCGGGCGAAUUCGGCACGGGGAAGACUAUAUUCGUGCUGGCCAUAGUGGUGGGUUGCUUCGCCGUGCUAUGGCCUAAAAUCUUCUACCCGAUGCUGACGGCGUCGGUGAAGCCGCUGCCGCCCGCCAGUAAGCAAGAUGUCUCGUGGAAGGUAGAGGCCAACGUACAGUUUCUGACGCAGUUGUGCUACCUUCUGGAGGAGCACCAAGCAGGAGCGUUGGCAGCAGCAGGAGGAGUUAGAGCAGGAGGCGGCCACCCCGGCAGCAGUACCAGCAAGUGGAGCUCCGAGCAGUGCCUGUCCCAGCUGCGCCUCUCGUGCGGCCUGAUGCUGACGGAGGCGCUGGUGGAGGGCGUGAGACUCGGGCUGGACAAGUCCAACUUGACCGAGUGCCUGGCAGCCACGUACUCUCUCACCCCGGCACUGGUGGCCUCUGCUGCGCCGCCUAAGAUCAGAGUUAGGCACUACAUUCCUCAGGGUAUGAGCCCCCACGUCCGUCCAGAGCGGCCCGCCCACCUCUACCCGGAGAUGAUGCACCCAGCCCUCAGGGAGAAGGGCCGAGCAUUACCUCAACGCACCAUCGACAAGCAGGCCAGGCCAGGUCCAAUGCCUGGGGUACGUCCGCCCAUGGGUGGUGCUGGGGGCAUUAUUCCUCCGCCCCAGGGCAAGGGGUCUGGGGCAAUGGGUAUCAUCAUGCCUCUCUACACUGUGGGCAUUGUUGUCUUCUUUGUCUACACCAUAAUGAAGGUGUUGUUCAAGAAGGGUCAGGAGGAUGACAAGACACCCAAGCUGAAGGACUUCGGUUUGGACCCCGAAUAUCGAAAGUACGUCUUUGCUGAGGAAUACCUGGACAAUGCUGAUGUGUCCACGAAGGAUCAGUUUAGAAGACAGCAGCGGGAAGAGUCACGUUCACGGAGGAAGUACCAGCCAGACCAACAGGCAGAGGCUAAAAUUGCUGGUAAAGGAUGGAAAUCUCAGAACAAGAUGGACACAAAGGGCAAGAAACUGGGGAAGCCAGAAUGUGACAAGAAGGAUGAACAAUUGGAUCACCUUCGUCGUCGCUUGGAGGAGACGGAGAAGGCAAUGGAGCGCCUCAUGUGUCAGAUGGGCUCAGUGACAGACAAGCUGACGGCCGCUAAGAUCACCGAGGUUCUCUCCCAGGCACAAGCCCAGGCAAAGAUCCUCAAGAUAGGCCUGGACAGUGUGAUGGAGUCUGCUGCUGCUGCUGCUGCCACCACCAAUAAAAAGGAGGAGGUGGGUGACAUAACGAGUGAGGAAGAUUACAGCAGUGAGGCACUCACAACAACACUAAGUGAGGACACGUCUCUUCCAACAUCUCUCCGGCACCACCUUCACGAGCUCCAGGUAGACCAGCUGUCUAGUUUCUCAGAGCUUUUAGUAGAUGGUGCUCCCUUACUGGAGGCCAGACAUGUGCAGGAUCCUUGUCUGAAAGCACAGGUAGAUGACAACUCAACCUCUGAGGAAGAGGUUCUCGAGGAUGACGAGCUUGUGUCACGGGAGGUGAAUGUAGCUGUUACCCAACCUACAACCACCACCACCACCAAUGUAGAUAUUUCUCCUCCAUCUGAAAAUGUAGAAAUAGAUAUAACACCAAUCCUGAAGGCAGUGGUAGAUAAUCCUAUGUCCCAGAGUCCAUUACAAGAAGCCAUAGCUGAUGUCGAUGAAGGUAUUAGUGACCAGAAAGUAAAAUUACAUGAUCAACACCAACAUGAGAGUUUAUCCCAUGACACUAAUAUUUCAUCUACUCAUAAAGAUUUACCAAGAGAGACUGAUGAAUGUAGAGAUGGUGAUGUAGAGGCACAUCCUACACCUAAGGAAGAAGCUAAAUUGGAUGAAAUAUCUCCAGAAGAAACAAAAAUAGGAACUGGUUAUACUGAAGAUAUUUUAACACUUUGCAAUAUCCAGGCAGACAUUACUCAACCCCAAGAAGUACAGACUGCUGCACAACCUCAUGAAGUACAGACUGUUGCACAACCCCAAGAAGUACAAACUGAGGCACAACUGCAAGAAGUACAGACUGUUGCACAACCCCAAGAAGUACAGACUGUUGCACAACCCCAAGAAGUACAAACUGAGGCACAACCGCAAGAAGUACAGACUGUUGCACAACCCCAAGAAGUACAGGCUGUUGCACAACCGCAAGAAGUACAGACUGCUGCACAACCGCAAGAAGUACAGCCUGUUGCACAACCCCAAGACGUACAGACUGUUGCACAACCCCAAGAAGUACUAACUGAGGCACAACCCCAAGAAGUACAGACUGCAGCACAACCCCAAGAAGUACUUACUGAGGCACAACCCCAAGAAGUACUUACUGAGGCACAACCCCAAGAAGUACUUACUGAGGCACAACCCCAAGACGUACAGACUGCUGCACAACCCCAAGAAGUACUAACUGAGGCACAACCCCAAGAGGAACAGACUGCUGCACAACUGCAAGAAGUACAGCCUGUUGCACAACCCCAAGACGUACAGACUGUUGCCCAACCCCAAGAAGUACUAACUGAGGCACAACCCCAAGAAGUACAGACUGCAGCACAACCCCAAGAAGUACUUACUGAGGCACAACCCCAAGACGUACAGACUGCUGCACAACCCCAAGAAGUACAGACUGCCGCACAACCCCAAGACGUACAGACUGCUGCACAACCCCAAGAUGUACAGACUGCUGCACGACCCCAAGAAGUACCGACUGUUGCACAGGAACAACCAUCUCUAGGUUCUGUGCAAAAUCAAGAUGAGGCAUCUCCUUUAGAACUUGAAUCACCACAGUUAUGUCAGUUGAUGGAACAAGAGCUAAAGACUGAAGAGAAAAAACUGAUUAAAUUGUCGCAAGAUAUAGAACAAACACAAGAAACCAAAGGCAUUGAAUCUGUUCACACAUCCCCAGAUACUGAACCAGAGCAAGGAAAGAAUGUGGCUGAACCUGUCCAACCAUUACAAGUUGAAGGACUAGUGCCUGCAAAAGAAAUUACUAAACUACCAAAACCAGAUGACACAACACCCCCAAGUAACACUUCUCAGGUUUCAGCUGUAAAACUAGAGUCUGCUGACUUUCAUGAGGCUUCUGCAGAUAAACAAGUUGGAGCAAAUGCUGGCAUUUCGGAUGUUAUUGGUCAUAAAGAGGUUGCUGAUAUUAAGCGGAAACCUGCAAGUACAGUGAUAAAAGAAGUAACAUUCAAGUUGCCUUCGGAAUCACCUUCAAGCAGCGAUACAGGUGCAGAGGAGGGCUCCUCAGAGGCUACAGAGACUGGGGCUGAUAUUUCUGAUUUUGUAUCAUUUGCUGAAGAAAACCAACCCCUUCCUGAGGUUCAUAACAAAGAACCAUUACACAAAGCUGGAAUUGAUGAACAAGCAGCUCCUGAAAGCCAGCCAUGUAGAGAUGUGUAUGAAGUACCUGAAGCUGUGUAUGUAGUGCCUGAAGCUGUGUAUGAAGUGCCUGAAGCUGUGUAUAGAGGUCAAGGAACUCAAACAUCUUUUGCUUUAUCACUUCCAACUCCUGUAGCUAAGAGCAAAGAACAUAGCACUCAAACUGAUGGCCAGCAAGGAAUCACUGUUGUUGGUCUUAAUACUUCUUUCCAACAUGAUAAAGAUGGGGUAAAAACUCGUGCUGGAAGCCAUGGCCCAGUCCAUUCCCAACAGGUGACAGAAAUCUUCCUUGAUGCACUGCUUCCUUCAGAAACACAGCUGCUUGUGAAAGAUGCUAAGGUUGUUGGUUCAACACCAAUGCAAAAUGUGGAGAUUGAGGCAAGUGAGGCUGGAGAUGUUCCAUGUAUAGUGACAAGUCAUGUAAGUCUUGCUUUUUUAGGACUGGAGCAUCGUGAUGAAGCUGGUACUAGUUCAUCACACACCAUCACACCUGUUAAAGAGGGGGAAAGUGCAGCCUCAAGUCCCCAUACUGUGAAAGACUUACCCAAACAAGAAGAUAGCAAUGCAGAUUCAACAAAGCAUAAAGAUGUAGAUUUAAAGGAAUCAGCAAACUCCAAUAUAGAAAUAAUUGCAGCUCCUAUAACAUCUCCAUUAACAACCUCCAUAAGUAUCCUAACAUCAGACCAAAUUGUGUCUCAUGAAGGAUGUCAUGUAAAGAAUGAGACUAGCUCAGAAAAGGAAACAAAGGUUACCCCAAAGGAUGUAUUGGAGACAGAUAAGAGAGAAGAAAAACCUCAAGCUCAAAACACUCUUAUGUCAACAACAGAAGUAGGCCUAAGUAUGCAAAAAGCUUUAGACGAUCCAAAACAGCAAACUAUGCCACCACGUCCGUGUAGCCCAGUGCCACCUCCCUUAUCUGAAGAGGAAGACAGAAAUAGUAAUUUUAAAUCGUCUAAACAGACUCUCCCAUCACAAGAGAUUGAGAAGGUUUCUGAAGAUGGAACACCGCACCAAGUUAGUCCAUCUUUGGAAGCUAUUGCAGAAGCAGUAGCUGCCUCUACCACCCGUGCUGCAUUGGAGCUACUAGCCACAGCAACCACAGACACCUUUGGUCCACACCAUGAGUCAAAGGUUAUCAGUCAUCUACCUGUACAAGUAAAGGAGGUUCAGUCUGAACAGUCCCCUCUAUCCACAGUUGAGUCAUCCCCAGCCACAACUGUAGUAGCCAUUAGUAAUGCAGAAGAAGAUUUAGGAGCUUCUGGCCUGCAUACUCAAAGUGAAACAGAGAUUUUUGUCCCUGAUACUUCCAUACAGUUAUCCAAAGCACCGUCUUCCACCAUCACUUAUCCCCCUUCAGACUCUCCAGUUUCCACACCAACAGAUGAGAUAAUGCAAGAAAGUGUGGAGGCUGCCAUUGCGGAGGCAGUACAAGAAGAAGUUCCCUGUAGUACUGUGAUACCUGCUCUACCUCAGGAAGACAUCUCAAAGGUUGCUGGAACCGACACAGUUAGCCCACAGAACGAAGAUAGUCCGACAUCGAGCAAGGGCUCAAGCCCCGACAUGGAGGAGUAUGAAGUCAUCACAAAAGAUGAAAAUAAUGCACGUGUUCCCCCUCUCACCGUGGAGAAGGUUCCUCUUGAGAAGCCUCCUACAGCUAAGGGCGAGGCUACCAAACUACAAGGUCAGAUGUCUGAAGGUGAUAAGGUUCAGGAGGAAGAAGGGGAAGAAGAGGAGGAAGAAGAAGAAGAGGAAGAAGAAGAGGAAGAAGAAGAAGAAGCAGAAGAAGCAGAAGAAGAGGAAGAAGAAGAAGCAGAAGAGGAAGAGGAAGAAGAGGUGGAGGAGGAAGGUGAACAUAAGAAAAAGGAGGAACAUGAAGAGAAAAAAGAAAUAGCGAAAGAGAAACAGGAGCCAAAGGACAAAGAAGAAGAAGAAGAAGCAGAAGAGGAGGAAGAAGAAGAAGGAGAAGAAGAAGAAGAGGAAGAAGAAGAGGAGGAAGAAGAGGAGGAGGAAGUACAAGAAAACCACACUGCACCAAGCCGACAGACACCACCAGAGUGCAAGACAGUUCAGCCACCUUCAUCCACAGAUAAAACAGCAAGAGACAGUGCGGCCACAAAUGCCACACUCUCAACACCUACAAAAGAAGACAGUGAACAGUUGCAUUCAAAUACCAAAUGAGAAAAAAUGUAAAAUAUAAAUUAGUGACAAAUAUGUUACAGAUGAACAUCAUAUAGGAAGUUGCCUAUUUUAGAUGUCAUGAACUGUAUGUCCAUUACUUGUGUCCAGUUUAGAUGUAAAGUGAACAUUAAUAUGAUUUAUAUAUAUAUAUAUAUAUAUAUAUCUGCUUCUUGAGGCAGAUAUUGAUGAAACUGGUGAUCCUUUCUAUUCUCCGACCGCAAAUCACUAUUGCACUGUAAAUCAAAGCGAGGACCAAGGGUCUUUAGGAACACCAAUUAAUUAUUGUGAUUAUGAUCCUCAGUGUAUUAAAUCAAGUACUGUAUAUGGAAAAUUAUCAACAAAAUGAGUGCUUCAGUAUACAAAGACAAAGAUCAAUCUACUUAUAUGUUCAACUCUGUGAUAACACUUCCUGGCUUAAAUAUGAUGCUUGUAUGUUUUUCUAAUAGGGAUUAUACAAAUUGGUUGAUUGGCAGGAGUUCAGAUGUAUCUAAACAUUUAGAAUUAGCUCAACUGUGUAACUUGCUACACAUGGAGAAGAAUUUCUACAUAAUUAGUCAGAUGUUUUAAGUAGAGGUGUAGCCUCAAAUGUGGCUAAACAUGAUUACUGUGCCCUCUUAUAAGCUAGCUCAAGUUCUCUACAGAGUAUUUUAUGUUUGAUGCAAAGUUUAGGAAAGAUGAUAUACAAUUCUGGUAUUGUACUUUAAACAGGUAGCAUAAAUGUAAGUGCAGGCAGUCCUUGUGUCUACAUAAGGAAUAUAAUGCAGCCCAAAAAGAUCAGUUCAUGGCAAGGGUCAUGGUAGUACAGUUGAGUUCGUUCUUGACUCGCCAUCUGGAAUCCUGGAUUCGAAUCCCUCGGUUCACCUAGCAGUAAAUAGGUACCUGGGAGUUAGUUAGUCAAUUCUUGUGGCAUUGCAUCCUGGGAAGGGUCAGUAGUUUGACCUUGGGGAGACCUCGAUACCAGUCUAACAUAUAUACAUACACACACAGGCUGUCUGUCCCCCAAAAAAGUGAAUUUGGAUGUUGUGCACUAAAGCAACAAUUCAUUGAGUAGACCUUACUUACCAUCUUAUAUAUGAGCAUAUCCACCCUUGUGCAGUUUUAAAUUUCAAUGUUAAAAAAACAAAACCAUGAAAGUCUGAAUUUCCUUCAUCUUUAUGCAGAACGAUGGGCUGCCUAUUAAAAACACACGGAGCUAAAGGUCACUAUGCAAAUGCAUGUACAGAAGUUUACUCAGAAAAUCAUUAAAUUGAAAUGAAUAAUUAAUAAUAGAUAUAUUUUGCAUUACAAUACUGUAUAAUUAAAUAUUUAUUAUUCUACGUUAUUGCCAGAUUUCUAAUGCAUGAAAAUACAUAAGAUAUAUGUAUGUGAAAAUAAGUAAUUACAAGAACAUAAUGCUAUAGGUAUUUUGAAGAAAAAAAUAAUGAUUUUUUUUUUUUAAAGUAGACACGAUUGUAGUCUAUUCUUUAGUAGGCCUAUCAUGUAUAUUUUAUUAUAUCAGAAUCUUGUUUUAAGCGCUGUUUUCUGGAUAUAUUAAUAUUUUAGUUAAUGAAAGGUUCGGGUUUAUGAUUUGAGAUGCUGCAUUAUGUGAAACUAAAUGUUAAUGUAAACCAAUAUUCAGUUAAGACUACAGAGAGGAGUGCCUCAUUUUAGAUGCAUUUGAAGAUGCAUUGUCAGCUAUAUAUUUUAUUCCCAAGUUUAGUCAAAUCUAAUCCUAUUCCAGUACAAAUUCUGAGUAAAUUGCCCAGAAUAUUGCUCUGAGUAAAUUGAGCAGGACCUGUUGCUUUAUUGACCAUGGUUGAAAAAAUCUGUACAGUGCAAACUUGCUUGAACGGAUUAAUUAUGAUGGACCUGUUCUGUUUCAUCAAGGAUUUCAAUCCAUUAGUGUUUUGCCAUUUUUGAUAAUGCAAAUUGUUUUGCUUUCUUCUGACCCCAAAUGAUAAAAUACUGUACAUAUCUAUGUAUAUGUAGACAACAAAAUUGCAUACAGCAUGCUGUCUUUGAUGCUGCUAUCCUCACCUGAAUUCAGCAAAGAAUCUUGUCAUUAUGUAUGCAUCAUGUCCUAAAUUUAUGUUCUCUAGUUAAUUUGUGCAAAAGUUUAAGAAUUUUAUAUGGCGAUGCUCAAACAAGCUAGAUUCUUAUAGAAUAUUGCACUAUAAAGGAUCACUCUUUCAUGUAAUGUCUAUUACUAUUACAUUUUUUUUCAUAUAAAGCUAUGCUUCUGUGAAUUUUUUUUAUGCUUUUCUGUUGUAUUCAACUGAGCAUUUACGAGUGAGAGAGAGAUAGAAGUUAAUUACAGUUUGUCAACAGAUUUUAAUCUGGCUCAAGUGCUGAUUAACAUUUCUUCCAUUAGAUGAUAACAGUUUACUUGAGGGCCACCAUCUCACUAGUAGCCUUGAUGGGGACAGGAAGCCGAUGGCUUGUCAAAGGUCUCCCCAUUUUUCUGAGUUUAUGAUGGGUUUCGGUCUCCAUAAUGGUCAUCAUCAAUCAGCCCUGAUUAAUAUACAUAUACUUAAUAUGUAAGUUAUAAUGCUUAAAUUUCCCCUGUUAAAACUGGUUGGUAAUUGUAGAAUAUUAUUUCCAUUGCCCAUAAUGCACAUAUAUAGCAAGCUUUCCAUGGGCAGUAUAUGUAAUAAUGAUUUUGCAUUUACAUCUGUGAACAGCAGUUAAGAGUUCAUGUCCAGGUCUUUAUCAUCCCACUUGUUAUAUUUUUGUUGUAACAAUAUACAUUCGGGUAUUCAUGUCUUAUAAUACCUAAGCAUAUUAUCUUGUUCAGUCUCAUACAAGCUAAUGAAUUUUGUGUAUGUUAGUCCCAUUCACAGAAAUGCCUCUUCAGCUAUUUUAGUGGAAUAGCAGUGUGGAAGAAAGUAGUUCUAUUACUUUUGAUGUUUUUACAGUCAAUACAAUUAAUGGAGUGUUUUGGGUUUUUAUGCAGAUUUUAUCUUUGUACGAAUUUCAGAGAUUCUGACAUUUUUAGGGUUUUCUUUUAGAGCAACAACUUAUUAAGAAAGUAAGUAAAUCUUAGGUAAAAACUGAAAAGGAGCCAUAUCAUAAUAUGCAAGUGUAGCAUUGACAGUUUGUUAAUACGUGACUUUAAUGUUUUUGUAACUUUAAGAGAAUUUAUAUUGAUAGAAAAUUUCAAGAUUAUGCAAGCUACAUAUACAGUACUAAAUAAUUAAACUGGAUAACAAUGCUCACACACAGUAGCAGUUUUAAAAUACUGUACUGGGUAAUGUAAAAAAAAAAAAAAAAAAAAAAAAAAAAGAGAGAAUUUAUAGAUUUAACUUGGAGAAAAUUUCUGGCACUUGGUGAUGUAAUUCAUUUUCACUUACAUUACUGAUGCCUCCAUUUAUUUUUCUGAAUGGUAUUUUAUAAAGUUUAUAUACUUGGGAAACAGGUAAGGAAAAUUCUGUUUAUCCUCAGUUCAGCGGUAUGUCUCGUUUUCAACAUUACCAAUAAGGAUAGUGGCUUAUUUUCUUUCAUUACUUGUGUGGAAUCUAAUUGCACUAUUAAGUGAUCCCUAACUUAACCUAUUUCCUCUUAAAUUAAAAGAUAUUGUUUGUUCUCAGGCUUUUUCUGAUACCAUAUGCAAGGCUACUAAUAAGAGAGAGCCCAAUAGAGUACAGUAUGAGAAUUUGAGGCACAAUGAUUAGUUGGUUUUGAUUUAGCGUGCAGUAGUAAAACAAACAAUAUUAUUAGUCAUUCAAAAUCUAGUCAGAGAGUAUCUGGUCAUUAUUCAUUUGUUUCUGCAGAAAGAUUUGUGAAUCUGUACGUAUUCAGCUAAUAAAAUAUAUCAUACU